AUGGAAGUGGGCAGUAACAGCUCUUCAGGGAGCUUCAUUCUGAUGGGUAUAUCUGACCAUCCCCAGCUGGAAAUGAUCUUUUUUGUACUCAUCCUCUUCUCUUACUUGUUGACCCUCUCUGGGAACACAACCAUCAUCCUGCUCUCCCAUGUGGAUUCCCGGCUGCACAUACCCAUGUACUUCUUCCUCAGCAACCUCUCCUCCCUGGACUUGGCAUUUACUACAAGCUCAGUCCCCCAAAUGCUGGUCAAUUUAUGGGGACCAGACAAGACUAUCAGCUAUGGUGGCUGUAUGACUCAGCUGUAUGUUUUCCUUUGGCUGGGGGCCACAGAGUGCAUCUUGCUUGUGGUGAUGGCAUUUGACCGCUAUGUAGCAGUGUGUCGGCCCUUGCACUACAUGACCAUCAUGAAUCCUCGACGUUGCUGGCUGCUGGCUGCAGUUAGCUGGUUGGGUGGCUUGGGCAACUCCUUAAUCCAGUCAACAUUCACCAUGCAGCUCCCUUUCUGUGGGCACCGGAGGGUGGACAACUUCCUGUGUGAGGUGCCUGCCAUGAUCAAACUGGCCUGUGGAGACACUAGCCUCAAUGAGGCUGUACUCAAUGGUGUCUGCACCUUCUUCACUGCUGUCCCACUAAGCACCAUCCUCACCUCGUACUGCUUCAUUGCUCGGGCAGUAAUGAAGAUCCACUCUGCAGAGGGACGGCGAAAAGCCUUCAACACAUGCCUCUCCCACUUGGUAGUGGUGUUCCUCUUCUAUGGCUCAGCCAUCUAUGGGUAUCUGGUUCCAGCUAAGAGCAGCAACCAGGACCAGGGAAAAUUCAUUUCCCUGUUCUACUCUGUGGUCACACCUAUGGUGAAUCCCCUUAUCUACACUCUAAGAAAUAAAGAAGUGAAGGGGGCCCUGAAAAGGCUCCUAGGGAAAGGAAGGGAAGUUGGCUGA